AUGAAAUCAAGGCAAAUAGCCAUUUGUGUUAUCAUAAUUGUGCUUUUAAUAGCUGAUAGUGAUGAACUGAAAGUUAUCUUUGCGAGGAACAGCACAGCACAUGCAUUAAGACAAGCGCAAAAGGUUGAAAUUGAGCGGGAAAAAGCGAACGAAGACGUGAUUAACACAGGAACAAUCAUCAAUGCGCCUAAUAACUGCAAGCCUGGAUUCAUCUACGAGCCAACAUUCCACAAACGUUGUCGAAAAGUUUCAGUUUAA